AUGUAUUUGGAAGGUGAUGUGCUUGAUCACCUCUCUUGGAUCAAUCGUGAACAAACUUUGCUCUAUUGGGAAGAACUUGUUAAAGCAUUACAAGAAAAUUAUGGGAUGCAGAGUUUCAAAAUUCGAACAAGUUGUCGUUGCAAGACCGCAUCUCUCACUCUUAUGGAGGCAAAUGACAACAUUGAAGGUGGUAAACCUAGAGAACAAAUGUCAAGUGACAUUAUUGAUAGACAUGCAGGUCAUGUGAUUUCAAAAAAAGGGGUUGGUGUUGAUAGAGAUAAAGUUCAAGCUGUCUUGGAGUGGCCAGUACCAAUUAAUUUGAAGAAGUUACGUGGAUUUCUUAAGUUAACAGGUUAUUAUCGCAGAUUCCUGAAGGGUUAUAGAAUGAUGGCUCGACCACUCACUGAACUUACCAAGAAAAAUGAUUUUCAAUGGUCGAACUCAGUAGAGAAUGCUUUCCAACUUCUAAAGAAAGCUCUAAUAAUUGUUCUGAUACUACAAAUUCCAGAUCUCACUCAACCAUUUGUGGUGGAAGUUUGA